AUGGGUCACAUAAAUAUGAUGGACGAUGUCAUUAUCGGCAAUCUCCCUCCCGAGCACCUCCGCUCCGUCCUGCGCUCACUCCUAUCCACCGGCCCCGAGAUCCAGACCGUGUUCCGGGCCAGCGUGCGGCAGAGACUUCUCGACUUCCCCGCCGGCGCGCCCGCGCCGAGCGCCCUAUUUCCCACCCCGGAUGUGGUGGCGCCCGCCUGCGCCGAGUACCUCGCGGUCCUCCGGUGCACGUUUUCCGCCAAGCUCUUCGCAGCGGCGAUUCCAAGUCUGUGUCAUGUCGUCGCGGCUGUGGCCGACGCCAGGGCGAGCUGGACGCCCGGGUCGGCGCUGGAGCAGACGCUGGUGCGGCUGGACGGGGACGUGGUGCAGGCUAUGCAGGCCAUAAAAGAAGCGCCCCCGUCCGCAGCGGAACUCGACGCCGCCGUCGACAGCAUCCUGGCCGCAUUCUCCAAGUGCCAGAUCUACUGCGACGCAGCAGGUCUCCAGUACCCCUUCCAGCGCAGCACGCGCCAGAUCCGCGACACGGCCGCUCUCCUGCUCCCCGACAAGGUUCUCCCGCCGGCGCCCCCUUCCCACGCUCUCACCGUCACGCUACCCGCCUCUUCCGCAGUCGAGACCUUUACCCUCGGCGCCCGAACGCUGCCGCGGCUUUUCAACGGGCUGUGGCAGAUGGCCUCGCCGGCAUGGGGCUCGUCCAGCGGUUCGCAGCAGGAGCAGGCGCUGGUGGCGCUCGUCGGGGGCGGGCUCACCGCGUUUGACAUGUCGGACCACUACGGCGACGCGGAGCUCGUGUGCGGCGACUUUCGCGCGCGGCUGCGGCCGGACGCGGCGAGACACGCCACGUACAUGGCGACCAAGUGGUGCGUGUUCCGGGAUAUCGGGCGGCCGGUGACGACGGCGUGGGUGCUGAGCCAGGUGGAGGAGCGCUGUCGCCGCCUGCGUGGCCGGGCGGACAUGUUGCAGUUUCACUGGCACAAUUACGAGAAGAAGGAAUACCUGGAUAUCCUCGUCGAGCUCGUCACCAUAACCAAGACCCAUCCCGAGCUCGUCACCUCCAUCGGGCUCUGCAACUUCGACACGCAGCACACCAUCGAAGCCUGCGAGUACCUGCUCGCCAAGACCGGUUCCGUCGGGCUCGUCUCGAACCAGGUGCCGUUUUCCGUCCUCGACGCCCGGCCGCUGCGGGCCAUGGUGCACGCCUGCGCCAAGUACAACCUGCGGCUGCUGACGUACGGCUCUCUGUGCGGCGGCUUCCUCGCCGAGGCGUGGCUGCGUCACCCCGCGCCGCCCGACGUGUACGGCGCGCAGACGCCGCUGACGCCGUCGCAGCGCAAGUACCUCGACACGCUGCACGCCUGGGGCUCGUGGGCCGACUUUCAGGCGCUGCUGGACGUGCUGGACGCCGUGGCGAGGAAGCGCGGCGGCGGGGUGGGCAUUGCGAAUGUGGCGACCCGCUGGGUGCUGCAGCAGCCGACGGUGGGGGCCGUGUUGGUCGGGACGCGGCUCGGCGUGUCGGCGCGGGGAGAUGAUAAUCUGGCCACGUUUGGGUGGGAGCUGACGGACGAGGAGAUGGCGCUGAUCAAUGAGGUGGCGCUGGGGAACAAUGGCGAGAGAGCAGAGGCGGUGUUCGCGAACAUUGGUGAUUGCGGACAAGAGUAUAGAAAUAUGCAUAAAUAG